UAUCUGCAGAUAUUAGCCUUUCAAAGGCUUUUUAUGGCUAUUCAAAGCGAAUUUCGGCUAAAGAGCUACUAUUUUAUCUAAAACGCUUUUAAAGAUUAUUAUUCCGCAACUGGAAUUCCCACUAAGACAGAGGUUUAAUGGUUUAUGAGGCAUUUGGUAUCGCCUUCCACGGCGUGACUUCAGACUCGCCUGACCUAAACACCAUGUGGAGGUUCUAUUGGUUAGUUUGUGGUUUGGGCAUGCAUUAUAAGGGCAAUUUUUUGUGCGCAUAUCGGGUAGUUGGUGGUUGGUACACACCGAUCAUCUCUUGGCCUGGCCAUGUCCCUCCAGCUUCUCGGGCACGUUUUUGAGUACGAGGAGACUGACACGUGAGACUGUUGGAUUCUGCGUGCGCAGCUCAAUUGGCCAAGCUUGUGAGACAAGUUUGGAUUCUGCGUGCGCAGCUUACUUGCCCAAGCAUGUGAGACAAGUUUUGAUGUCGCGUGCGCAGCUCAAUUGCACAAGCUUGUGAAACACACCAAUAAUUAAGAUAGUGAAUGGACAGGUUUUGGGAUAGGCUACCAAGUUGUUUCACUAGUUUUACUAUGAGUAUGCAAUUGGAUCUGACCAAAGGAAUAAUCAUCAUUAAAAACAAAUCAUUUGAAUCAAUGUGAAGAAUAAGGUUACAUUGGCCACACUGGUCUACCGAGUCAGGCACCAGCAACUAUUGGGAAGAUAUCGGAACUUCGAUGGGUGUAUGGGUCAGAGUUCGAUGUGGAAUUCAGAUCAUUUUUAAUGGCAGUUCCAGGAAUGUUGAAACUCUCUUCUCUUCUCAAUUGCCAAAAUUCCUCGGUCUUGUAAGUUCCAAGUACUUGGACAGCUGUACAACUACCACCGCCGGGUCUACUCCGGUUGACUGGACAAAUGCUCGUUUCCCCUAUUUAAUAUUGUCUCUGUAC